AUGAGAUCUUUAACAACUAGAUCUAGACUGCUUGCCAUGGAUGCUUUAUAUCAUGGUGCAAGUAUUGCUACUGUUUUAGGUACUCUUGAUGCUACUGUUGGUUUACAUUGCCUCAAUGCUAGUCACGAUUUAGAUGGUCUUUAUGUUGGUGGUAGGCAAGGUGGAUUAGGUAGUGGUGAAGGCCUAACGAGUGGAGUACAAAUGGGAGGACAACUUGGUGGAAGUGCUAGCAAUGGCAUUACUAGUGGAGCUAGUGUUGGAGGUGACAAAGAAAUAGUAAGAGGGCUUAGUAGAGGUGGUGUUGGAAGUGCUGCUACAAGUGCAAAUGAUGGAGGUGGCAACAUUGGUGCUACUAGUGAAGGUAGUGUUAGAGCUAGCUUUGGAGUAGAAGUACCAGAAGGAUGA